AGGAUCUGAAUUAAAUUACCGAUUCCUAUAUUUUUUAAAAAUAGAAUGAUAAUUUUCAAGUUUUGAUUGCAUAAAUUAAUCGUUUUGGUGGUUAAUUAUGAUAAAUACUUUCAUAUUUUAUGAGGAAAUCUAACCAAUCAAAAGGGCUGAUAUUUCUUAUGACAUCACUGAGUCGAGCUCAUUAAUUCGGACCUCUCAGUGUGAGAAAAUAGAGUGAGAACGGAAUAUUAAACGGAACUAGCCACAUUACCGUGUUUCCAGGAUGGGGCAGCUAACGCUACCAUCGGUGCUAGCCUGCGUCUGUGUGUUAGUCCAGGUCAGUGUUGGAUAUAUAGAGUCUCUGGCGGCAAACACAGACUUCCAGCGCCAUGAUUAUAAGUUUGUUCCAAUGGUUGCCUUUAUGUGUAAUAAACCCACCAUGCACACAUCACCAGCAGGCUGGGAGGCAGACUCCAAACAAGGAUGUAUCCAUGAUGCAAAGGAGAUCCUGCAGUACUGUCAAAAGAUGUACCCUAAUAUGACCAUUACAAACAUUGUGGAGGGCCAUGAUGUAACAAUCCGGAACUGGCCAGACUCCCAUGGUCACGAGCGUAGUCAUACUGUACAGCCUUACAGAUGUGUUGUGGGUCCAUUUGAGAGUGAUGCUCUCCUGGUGCCCCAGCAUUGCCACUUCUACCACGAACACAACCAGUGUGACACUUACAAGAAGUGGGGAGACUGGGCAACCACUGACUGCCUGGCCAAAGAAAUGAGGAUAGACAGCUUCUCCAUGUUGCUGGAUUGUGACAUUGAUAGGUUUGCUGGGGUGGAGUACGUCUGUUGUCCCAAAGGAAAGAAAGCCAUUGACAACACAGUCACAUUAAAACCAGUGAAAACAGAGACAGAGCAUGUCAAACUUGAGGACACAUAUGAUGCGUAUAUUGCGUACCUCAGAGGUGAUGAGAAAUUUCUUAAAAAGUUCGGCAAUGAGCACAGCAAGUUCCUAGCAGCUCUGAAGGCCAUGAACAUGCGCCACCACGAGAGAAUUACAAAGAUGAUGAAGGAAUGGCAAACUGCCAGAAAGCACGUGAACAAUCUGAAGAGGACAAAUCCCAAGGCUGCCGACAAACUCAACAAAAACAUUCUACAGCGAUUCCAGAAGUUGUACAAUGGGUACCAGCAGUCAGAUGCUGCAGAGAAGAAGCAGUUGGUGGCUCUCCACCUCCAACACAGACAGGGGGAACUGAACAGCAAGAAGAGGAUGGAACUCGAAGCCUACAUGGGAGAACUCCAGAAGAGCCAUGUCAAGUCAGGAGCAGUACUGAAACACCUGAAACAUUACAUUCGUGUGGAGGAGAAGGAUCGUCUCCACUCCCUGAAUCAUUUCACACAUGUAAAAAAGAGCAAUCCAGAAGAGGCCAAGCUUAUUCAGUCACAGGUCAUUGAACACAUGAAGGUCAUUGAUGAACGCAUCAACCAAAGUCUUGAUAUGCUACAUCACUUCCCUAAGGUUGAGAGAAAACUGAAGCCACAAGUAGGCAAAUUCAUGAAGCACUACAGUGGUUUGGCAGUUAGUGCGAAGAACAUUGUGAUGAGGCCCAUUACUGUUCCUAAGAAGACCGAAUCCCAUGAAGGUAGGGAAGGGAUGUCACAAUUAACAGACACAUGGACUGACAAGGUGACUUUGGAUGAUGAGAAUGAUGAUGGUGACCUCUCUGAUCACCUGGAAGAAGUAAAGAAGACUCCGAUUGUGGAGGACGAUGGACUCAGUCCCAGGAUAGAGCUUAACCACAAGGAGGAAAACAAAGUAUUCAUCUCUCACCGGGAAAAUGACCAAGCCAGCUUCAGUCAGGGAAGUUACUCCUCAACACACGUUGCUACCUCCACCGGCAGUGUUUUCGGAAUCGCUAUAGGAAGUGUAGCCGUGUUUGUCAUCAUUAUUGUCGCCAUUGUCAUGUUGAGGAAGCGUUCACACAGACAACCAGUCACACAUGGCUUUGCCGAAAUGGACCCAGCAGCCUCACCAGAGGAACGACAUGUGGCUAAUAUGCAGAUGAAUGGCUACGAAAAUCCUACCUACAAAUACUUUGAAUUGAAUACCAAUGCUAAGAAAUAAAACCUUCAGCAACUGUUUCCAAAAACUUACAAUUAUAAACAAAUUCAUUCCACUGAGUUACAACUCUUCUCUGCAGGGUGAAGCCUUAACUGUUGUGAACAAAAACUGAAAAACUGUGAUUGUUUUAAUAUGAUGAUUGUCAUGAAAUUUGGACAACAUACUCAUAAGAAUUAGAAAAUAAUGAUCUACAAAGUGAAAGGUAGUGAUUGUACAGAUGUAUUUAUUAUACAGUGUAUAUAUACACCAGUUUAGCAUUAUGUGUCCCUACUCAUCCCUUGAUACUAUAGAUAUAUCAUUGUAAGUGGAAGUAUUUUGUAGUAAUGACUGACCCUGUACGUAGUAUCUGUAACACUACUUAUGUAUCAUAUAGCUAUAUAUAUAUAUAAUUGUUUGUGUUGUCCUGACACCAACCAUUCCAAGCUUGUUUGAGAUGAAGAGAUUGUGAUUCAGAGUCUUGUAGGAGGUUCCAGACACACACAAAGCAAUAAAUAACUUAAAUUGUUUUCAUUUGAAUCUCGGGGGGAAUUUCAUUUGGGUGGGUAGUAAAGAAAUUAUAGGGAUGGUAUAGGAAAUGAAAAUUUCUUGCUAAUGCAUGAUUUGGUUUAAUUAUUGGAACUGUGUCUAUAUUCUGUUUUUUUAACUGACAGUGUUUAUAUUGUUUUACAUUUUUUAACAUGUUUCCAUGAAAUGACAUGAGUUUCAUAAUAUGCAUCUUUGAACAUUUUUAUGUGCUGUUGUUGUGAAAUAAUUUUUUGUCAUAUCUGCAGUUUUUUAAAUUCGUAGUGAGGCAUCAACUUUAACAUUAUGAUUUUAUGGUUGUGAUUAGCUGAUGUAGUAAAAUUCUAACUUUACAAAAUCUAUUAUGACAUGAAUAUCGAUACCAUAAUUUUCAAAAGAUAAAUUUAAAAAGAACGCAGAUAUUAGCAGACGUGUUUUAAGGUAAUGAAUGUCUAGGAAAAAAUCAAUUUUAAAACCAAAGACAAAUUUAUAGCUUGAUAAUGCAAUUUAUCACAUUAUGUACAUUGUACAAGUAUUAUAUACUGCAUUUGCCAUUUGAGUGUAUCGAGCUUGCUUUGGCAUACUGUGUAUCAGUUUGGGAUUCUGAUUGAUGUUAUAGUCUCUUUCUUUUAGUACAAACUGCUGCUGUAAUCACAUUGCUUUAUUGUGAAACAAUGGAGGUAUUUUGUAGAGAACAGAUUGCCUUUGUCUCGUUUCUAGAAAUUAUCUCCUUACUAUGUGGAAGAGAUUAUGAUUGUCAAGCUUCAAAAUUUCAUGAGUGUACAAGCAUAAUUUUUCGAAAGUGAUCUUUUUUCCUGUCUUUUCUGUUCUUCUCUGUCAGAAAACAAAGUUUCCCCUCUCACUUCUUGUAGUAAGAAAGCUUUUGAACCUUUCUAGCUUGUAUUGUGACUUCAUGUAAUAAUUAAAACUGUGACUUUAUCAUUUUAUAAAUAAAACUGUACACUCAUUUA